UAUCACAACUAGGCAGAGCGAGGGAAAGGAGCUGCUGUCUCUUCUCGCUGGAGUCAUGUCCUCAGCCCUGGAUAAGUUCUGCGGCUCCGUCUUUUGGAACUCCUCAUUCCUUGCUCAUGCAGAUGCCGACCUGCCGGUCUGUUUCCAGCAGACCGUGCUGGUCUGGAUCCCCCUCGGCUUCCUCUGGAUCUUUGGUCCUUGGCAGCUCCUGCCCAUGUGCAAACACAAAACCAAGAAAUCAUCUGUGACCAAACUCUACAUCAUCAAGCAGGUGCUGGCAGUAUUGCUGUUGCUGACAGCAGUGGCGGAGCUGGCACUGACAUUUGCUGAGGAAGCAAGGCACGAACAUCCUCUGCCUGUCCAGUACACAAACCCCAGCCUGUACAUUGCCACCUGGAUCCUAGUGCUCGUGAUCCAGGAUGCACGACGCUUCUGCAUGCGCAGAGACUCAGGAAUACUUUUCAUCUUCUGGAUCCUGUCCCUGCUCUGUGGGAUAUUCCCAUUCCAGUCACUCAUCCGGAAAGCACUUCAGGCCCCCAUCUCCGAUGUGCCACGAUUUGUCCUUUUCUACAUCUCUUACGGACUUCAGCUGCUACUUUUCUUCAUAUCGGGCUUCUCAGAUGUCGCCGCAGAAGCAAAGGAAAUCUCCAAAAAGAACCCAGAGAUCACAUCCUCCUUCCUGAGCUUCAUCACCUUUGACUGGUACACCAGCAUGGUUAUUAAGGGCUAUCGCAAGCCCUUGGAGAUGGAAGAUCUCUGGGAGUUGAAGGAUAAAGACAAGAUAAAGACUAUUUCUGCAGCAUUGCAUAAGAAUAUGAAGACCUUGCUAAAAAAGGCCCAAGCAGAAAUGGAGAAAAGGAAACGCAAGAAGAAGCUCCGAGAAAGUGACUUAGACCUUGGGAACCAGAUGAACAAGGCCCAGAGCCAAGACGUCCUGGUGCUGGAGGAGAAGCAGACAAAGAAAAAGAAGAAGAAGGCCAAAGGGGAUUCCAAAGAUUUUCCUAGAGGCUGGUUGCUGAAAACCCUGUUUAAAACUUUCUGGCAAAAUCUCCUGCUGUCAGUGGCUUUCAAGCUGGUGCAUGAUAUACUAGUGUUUGUCAGCCCACAGCUGCUGAAGUUGCUGAUCAGCUUUGUGUCAGAUCCGGACGCCUUUGCCUGGCAAGGCUACCUGUACUCCAUCCUGCUCUUCCUGGUAGCGCUGGUUCAGUCUAUCUGCCUGCAGCAGCACUUCCACUUGUGCUUCCAGCUUGGCGUGUCUGUGCGUGCCAGUCUCAUGGCUGCCAUCUACAAGAAGGCACUCACUGUAUCCAGCACCACCCGUAAAGAGUCCACAGUGGGAGAAACUGUGAAUUUGAUGUCCGCUGAUGCCCAGAGGUUCAUGGACAUGGCCAACUUCCUUCACCAGCUCUGGUCAUGCCCCCUACAGAUUGUCCUGUCCAUCAUUUCCCUGUGGGCAGAGCUCGGCCCUUCUGUUCUUGCUGGCAUUGGAGUCAUGCUGCUGCUCAUCCCUAUAAAUGGGUUUCUGGUCACGAAGGCCAAAGGCAUCCAGGUGAAGAACAUGAAGAACAAGGAUGAACGUAUGAAAAUAAUGAAUGAAAUCCUCAAUGGAAUCAAGAUCCUGAAGCUCUUUGCCUGGGAGCCCUCAUUUGAGGAUCGAAUCAAGGAGAUCCGGGGACGUGAGCUCAAAUACUUGCUGAAUUUUUCUUAUUUGCAGUCAAUAUCCGUAUUCGUCUUCACCUGCGCCCCCUUCUUGGUCUCCCUCGCCAGCUUUGCCGUCUACGUGCUAGUGGAUGAGAACAACAUUCUGGAUGCACAGAAGGCCUUCACUUCCAUUUCCCUCUUCAACGUGCUACGCUUCCCCAUGGCCAUGCUGCCCAUGGUCAUCUCUUCUUUGGUCCAGACCAAUGUGUCCACUGCGCGACUGGAGCAGUACCUGGGAGGAGAAGACUUGGAUACCUCAGCUAUUCACCACGAUCACAUUGCAGGCAGUGCUGUGCGUUUCUCGGAUGCCACGUUUGCCUGGGAGCAGGACGGCAAUGCUGUGAUAAAAGAUGUCACCCUGGACAUCACCCCUGGGAGCCUGGUGGCCGUGGUUGGGGCAGUGGGCUCAGGCAAAUCGUCGUUGGUGUCAGCCAUGCUGGGAGAGAUGGAGAAUAUCAAGGGACACAUCAACGUCCAGGGCUCCCUGGCCUACGUUCCCCAGCAGGCGUGGAUCCAGAACGCCACACUGAAAGACAACAUCCUUUUUGGGUCAGAACUGGAUGAAGCCAGGUAUCAAGAGGUCAUCAAGGCCUGUGCCCUCCUUCCUGACCUGGAACUGCUCCCUGCAGGCGACCUGACAGAGAUUGGGGAGAAGGGCAUUAACCUGAGCGGGGGUCAGAAGCAGCGAGUGAGCCUGGCCCGGGCGGUGUACAGCAAUGCGGACGUGUACUUGCUGGAUGACCCCCUCUCUGCUGUGGAUGCCCAUGUUGGCAAGUACCUUUUCGAACACGUGCUGGGGCCAAAAGGGCUGCUGCAAAACAAGACACGGAUCUUGGUGACACACAGUGUCAGUUUCCUGCCGCAGGUUGAUAACAUUGUGGUGCUGGUGGCAGGAGCGGUGUCUGAGCAUGGCUCCUACAGCACCCUGCUUGCGAACAGGGGGGCAUUCGCCCAGUUCCUGAACUCCUACGGUUUCCAGGAGGAUACUCCAGAAGAAAAGGCUGCAGCUGUUGCUUUAGUUGAGGAUGAAGAGCAGAAUGAUGAAGACACUGAGCCCUGUUUGGAAGAUGGACCUGAUGAUGUGGUGACCAUGACAAUGAAGCGAGAGGCCAGCAUCCAGCGGAGAGAGUUCAGUCGCAGCCUCAGCAAAAGGAGCACCAAGUCCUUCCAGGAGGCCCAGAAGGAGUCCCCCAAGAAGCUGAAAGGCCAGCAACUGAUUGAGAAAGAGACUGUGGAAACUGGCAAGGUGAAGUUUUCCAUGUACGUGCGAUACCUACGUGCUGUUGGCUGGAUGUUUUCCUUCGGGAUUGCCAUGGGCUACCUUGCACAAUAUGUUGCCUAUGUGGGCACCAACCUGUGGCUCAGUGACUGGACUGAUGAUGCGCAGCGUUACUUGAACCAGACCUACCCUACAGGGCAGCGAGACCUGCGGAUUGGUGUCUUUGGGGCACUGGGGGUAGCACAAGCUCUCUUCCUAUUCAUGGCAACCACGCUGUCUGCCCAUGGUUCUGUGCAAGCCUCCCGGGUUAUGCACCAGAAGCUGCUCAGCAACAUCCUGCAUGUGCCCAUGAGCUUCUUUGACACGACCCCAACUGGCCGUAUUGUGAAUAGGUUUGCCAAGGACAUCUUCACCAUAGAUGAGACCAUCCCCAUGUCCUUCCGUAGCUGGCUGUCCUGUUUCAUGGGCAUCAUCAGCACAUUGCUCAUGAUCUCCUUGGCCACCCCGUUCUUCGCCCUUAUUAUCAUUCCAUUAGGCAUCUUCUACUAUUUUGUGCUGCGCUUCUAUGUCUCCACGUCACGCCAGCUACGGCGUCUGGACUCUGUUACUAGGUCUCCUAUCUAUUCCCACUUCGGUGAGACAGUAUCAGGCCUGUCUGUGAUCCGGGCCUAUGGACACCAGGAGCGGUUCCUGCAGCACAAUGAGAACACUGUGGACACCAACCAGAAAAGUGUUUAUUCCUGGAUAGUCUCCAAUAGGUGGCUGGCCGUCCGUCUGGAGCUCGUCGGGAGCCUCGUGGUUUUCUUUUCCGCACUUCUAGCCGUGAUCUCCAAGGGCACUUUGGAGGGCGGCAUUGUGGGCCUUUCCAUCUCCUCUGCCCUCAACGUGACCCAGACACUGAACUGGCUGGUGCGGAUGUCUUCAGAGCUGGAAACAAACAUUGUGGCCGUGGAGCGGAUCCACGAGUACACGACAGUGAAAAACGAGGCUCCGUGGGUGACAGAGAAGCGCCCACCUCGUGGCUGGCCCAGCAAAGGUGAGAUCCAGUUCAUUGACUACAAAGUUCGUUACCGACCUGAACUGGAGCUGGUUCUUCAGGGGAUCACGUGCGAUAUCAGGAGCACCGAGAAGGUUGGAGUUGUGGGCCGCACCGGGGCAGGGAAAUCCUCCCUCACCAACUGCCUCUUCCGAGUGCUGGAGGCUGCUGGAGGGAAGAUCGUCAUUGAUGGCUUGGAUAUUUCCACGAUUGGCCUCCACGACCUGCGCCAGAAUCUCACCAUCAUCCCCCAGGACCCCGUGCUCUUCUCUGGGACCCUGCGGAUGAACCUGGACCCGUUUGACCAGUACUCAGAUGAGGAGGUCUGGAAGGCCCUGGAACUGGCUCACCUGAAGACAUAUGUGCAAGAGCUGCCCGAGAAGCUGCUGCAUCGUGUGAGUGAAGGAGGAGAAAACCUGAGUGUGGGGCAGAGGCAGCUCGUGUGCCUGGCCCGGGCCCUUCUCCGCAAAGCCAAGAUCCUCAUCCUGGAUGAGGCAACUGCAGCCGUGGAUCUGGAAACGGAUCAUUUAAUCCAGACAACGAUCCGGAGCGAGUUUGCUAACUGCACCGUCCUCACCAUUGCCCACCGCCUCCACACCAUCAUGGACAGCAGCAGGGUGAUGGUGCUGCAGGCGGGCAGGAUCAUGGAAUUCGACAGCCCCGAGGAACUGCUGCAGAGAGAGGGCAUCUUCUCCUCGAUGGCGAAGGAUGCCGGCAUCGUGAGCGCGCAAACCACCGCGCUGUAGGCGGCUGUAGGAGCGCGCGCUCACUCGGCUGCCUCCCGCGGGGCUCCCGAGCGGCUGC